AUGUAUGUGAGCUCUCUCUUGGAUAAGGAAAGCAGCAUGUAUCCAGGAUCUGCAAGGAGUAACCACAACCUGCCCGUGCAAAACAUUGUGUCUACUCCAUCCUAUCCAGAUUACAUGGGAUAUCAUCAUGUGCCGGCUCUGGACAAUCACGGCCAGCCUGCAGGGCCAUGGGCACCUCACUACGGCCCACAGAGGGAGGACUGGACCGCUUAUGGCCCGGGACCCUCCAGCACCACCGCUGCUGCACAGAUCAACGGCUCCUCUCCUGGCCAGGUCUCCUACAGCUCUGCUGAUUACAGCUCCCUGCAUCCCACCGCAGCUGGGGGGUUACCUCCCGCAGACGCACCUAACACCCAGCAAAUCUCUCCCACCAGCCAACGGCACAGUUCUUAUGAAUGGAUGCGGAAAACGGUGCAAGUUAACACCACUGGUAAAACAAGAACAAAAGAAAAGUACCGAGUUGUUUACACAGACCAUCAGAGACUAGAAUUAGAGAAGGAAUUUCAUUGCAACAGAUAUAUUACGAUAAGGAGAAAGUCAGAACUUGCAGCAAACCUGGGACUAUCUGAAAGACAGGUAAAAAUUUGGUUCCAGAAUCGCCGAGCCAAAGAGAGAAAAAUGAUCAAGAAGAAAAUCUCUCAGUUUGAUGGCAGCAGCGGCUCAGUUCAGAGCGACUCUGGUUCACUCAGUCCAAAUGAAAUAUCUAGUUCUCUGUUCCCACCACCACAUGGAAUAGCUUGUUGAUGUUCAUCAAGUCAUACUUUCAGAAUGAACAGAAA